UGGCAGCAUUUCGCAAUACAGAUUUCAUAACUGUGUUGCCAGGAUGCCUGGGAUGGUGGUGUUCGGACGCCGGUGGCGGAUCGCCAGCGAUGAUCUUGUGUUUCCCGGUGCCUUCGAAUUAUUUGUCAGAUCUCUGUGGUGGAUUGGGACCUUAAUUCUGUACACCAAACAUAAAGGUCGAUUUGACUGUCAAGGUGGAGCAGUUUUGCAUAAUUACCUUGUUGUGCUUCUUGUGCUACUGGCAGUCAUUAUCUUGACACUGUGUGCAAUUGUUUACAUCAGUGCUCAAGGAACCAUAAUGAAUCCAGGGCCUCGCCGCUCUAUGCCAGCCCUGGUGUAUCUCCGUGCCCUCCUGUACAUCCCUGAGUUAAUAUGGGCCAGUCUUGGGGCUGUAUGGGUCUCUGACAAUAGCACGGGAUGUGAGUCAGCAGAUGUUGGAGCUGUGAUUGGAGCUGUGGUUUCCAGCUGGAUCAUCCUUCUCUCCAUGGCAGUGGGUGUGCUCAUAGUGUUUGACCCUCUGGGCAGCCAGAGACUGACUGCUCUGAUGGUUGAUCACUCAGGCCUGAGGGACAUGGAGAGCAGCGAAUCCUCUCAGCUCUUUUACACUGCACGCACUAUGGCCACGCGGGUGUGGGAGAGUCGGCUACGUCUGCUCUGCUGCUGCCUGCCACAGGACGACAACCACCGCGCAGCCUUCUCAAGUAUCGCCCAGCUCGUCAGCAGCUUCUUCAUGGAUACAGACCUGGUGCCCAGUGACAUCGCUGCUGGUCUGGCCCUUCUGCAUCAGGAACAGGAUAAAAUGGAGCAAUGUCGAGACCCUGAUGAGGUUCUGCCUCACAGCCCUUCCUCCCCCAUAAGAGAAGAUCUGGAGAUUGAGCUUGAGAAAGCUGCUCACUGUAUGCAGUUUGCUGCAGCUGCAUAUGGUUGGCCAAUGUACAUCUACUCAAACCCCCUCACUGGACUCUGCAAACUCAGUGGAGAUUGCUGCCGAAACCGUCAAGUAGAGUAUGACCUAGUUGGAGGAGACAACCUUGGCUGUCAUUUCACCUCCAUCUUACAGAGCACAGGACUGCAGUACAGAGAUUUCAUCCACAUCAGCUUUCAUAACCAGAUCUAUGAGAUCCCAUUUUUCGUGGCAUUGGAUCAUAAAAGAGAAGCCAUCCUGGUUGCUGUGAGGGGAACUCUGUCACUCAAGGAUGUGUUGACAGACCUCUCCGCUGAAUGUGAGAAUCUGUCUGUUGAAGGCGUGUCAGGAACCUGCUAUGCUCACAAGGGCAUGUCUCAAGCCGCAAACUACAUCUACAAGAAACUAGUCAAUGAUGGUAUUUUGAGCCAGGCAUUCAACAUUGCACCAGAGUAUAAACUGGUGAUCACAGGACACAGUCUUGGUGCAGGAACAGCAUCAUUGCUGGCUGUGCUUCUACGCAGCACACACCCGACGCUGGAGUGUUAUUCUUUCUCUCCACCAGGGGGCCUCAUGAGUAAAGCACUUGCUGAUUACUCAAAGCAGUUUGUCAUCUCAGUGGUGCUUGGAAAAGACCUUGUGCCCAGAUUGAGUAUUCCAAACAUGGAGGACUUAAAAAGAAGAAUAUUAAAAAUGGUAUCUAAUUGCAGUGAAUCAAAGUACAAGAUAUUAAUGCAUGGCUGCUGGUAUGAAGUGUUUGGAGGAACCCCUGGUGAUUUCCCCACCGAGAUGGAAAACCGGCAGGAGGAGGAGCUAAAUCAGCCAUUGCUAGGCGAGGAGAGCCUGUUGGUUCAACGCUCAUCCACUUAUCGGAGCUUGUCAUGUAAUGACUCGCCCACCCACCCUACCCACUUACCCCUAUACCUGCCUGGUCGUAUCAUGUACAUCACAGAGGAGGGACCCACACGCAGACACUGUUUCUCUCAGGUGAGGUACCGUGCUGAGUGGUCCAGUGAGGCAGCGUUCCGUAAUGUUCUGAUCAGCCCAAGGAUGAUUGCUGAUCACAUGCCUGAUGUGGUUCUCCGGGCCCUGCACAAUCUCACCCGUGACCGUCCAUUUGCUCUCUGCCCCUCUUCUAUGAGCAACAGCCACCUGAACGUCAUUUGAGCUGUAGAUGCCCAGGUCCCGGGGCCUUAUCUUAAAACUGACUGUGGUUGAACAUGCACAACCAGACUGCAAGGAGCGUGACUGUAUUGGACUCCUCCCUCAGUCAUUUUAUUUAGAGCAGUUCACCUCUUGCCUAUUUAUUUGAGUAUUUAUUAUGCCAUUGCUGUGCUUGUCUGCUUUUUAAGUCUGUACAUGUACAUCUUAAAUGCAGUGUUGUUCUACUGUAAUGUGAACAUUUUAAUUUUUGUAAUUUGUUCAAAAUGGGUGAUUACCAGAGGGAAGUAAUCAGCAUAAGCUUUGUAAUGAUGGUGUGCUGUGUUGUGAUGUAUGUCAGCCACAUUUAAUGAGAAUAUAAUAUACUAAGACAUAAUUGAGAAAUUCAAAAUUUUGAGAUGUCAUAAUUAUGAGGUAAAAAGUCACAAUCAUGAUAUGCUAUCUCAUAAUUUUGAGAUACUAAGUCAAAAGUGACUAUCUCAAAAUGUUGACUUUUUAUGUCAUUAUUGUUACUUUAUCUCAUAAUUGACUUUUUAUCUCAUGUUAUGACUUAGUAUCUCAAUUACUUUUUAUCUCAAAAUAAUUACUUUUUGUCAUCAAAUUAAGACUUUGUAUUUCAUAACUUUGAUUUACCAAAGCACAACUUUUUUAUGUGGUGGAAAAGGGUCUCCAUAGUAAUCAUUUGAAUAAGUUGGUAAAAAAAAAAAAGUUUGUAGAAACUUUGAUCACUUGUUGACUCUUGGCAGUAAGGAUUACAUUAACUUAUAGUAUAUGCAUGACAUGCAGAAACAUCCAAUGGUAUAUUUACAUGCAAAUAUUGUACAUCAAUUGUGAGAAAAGCAAAUAAUGCCAUAAUAACAAA